AUGCCAGCAUUAGCAGGAGUCGAAAUUUCAAUUCCCUACACCCAAGCAGAGGCUCGUUCUCUAGCCGACCUGCUUGAGCCGCGCAGCCCUCGAGGCGGUGGCGGUGGUGGCGGAGGUCGUGGAGGAGGUGGGUCAUCUUCAGGUGGUAGUCGAGGUGGUUCUUCAUCCGGCUCAUCUGGACGAACCGGUUCAUCAUCUUCAGGCUCCACAGGUUCUUCCGGUUCCUCAGGAUCAUCUUCAAGUGGCGGCGGUACGCGAGGAGGCACGUCUGGCUCAAGUGGAUCUUCGGGCAGCUCCGGUGUUAGAUCUUCCACACCUGGAUUCACUGCUGGUUCCGUAUCUAGUGGAUCAGCCCUUCGAGGCUCUUCGAGCGCUGGUGGAGUUAGGACUCCCUACACCGUUACGUCCGGCGCUUUUACUGGUCGCACUGCUGGUGGAGGUACACGGUCCAAUGUCUAUUCUCCUGCAGGAGCUGGAUACGGCAGCGGCUACACCUCGGGCGCUAGAGGCAACCGAGCAGGUAGCACAGCAGGUCUAGGCUUCCCUUUCAUCUACUGGCCCCUCGGGUUUGGCGCUCUUGGCGCCGGUGGAUACUAUGGAGCUUCUCAGUAUCGAAUGGCUGGUAGACCGGGAGGAGACGAAGGGCCCUUUUACCUCUCCCCUCCUGCUGGCGUCGACAUCAAUUCCAAUGCCUUUUAUCUCUACGGAGACAACAACAGCGUUAUCGAUACCAAGAACGCACUUGCCACUGCCUGUGGCUCGGGCAACGACAACGCCACAGCACCUGCAGACUUUAGGGUCCUACCUACCAGCAUCGUGCAAUACUACAGAGGCAGCUCGUUUGCUCUUGGUUUGAGAGGCUACAACAAUGGACAACCUGCCAACGACUCGACGGGCGAUAAUGGUACGGAUGACGCUUUGGCAAGAAGUCUGACUGUUCUUCCCAGCGCGGUCAACAUGACCUAUUUCAACUGUCUCAACAACACCAUCGGAACUCAAUUACCUCUUGUUGCCGAUACUCAGGGCGACGGCGCCAUUUCGCUCGGGGCUAACAGCGCUGCUCUCACCUUGCUACCUGCUCUCCUCGUCGCGUUCCUCCUGGGCGCGCUGUAA